AACAUUCAGAAAUGUCAAGAUCAAUUUACCACUAUUGGAUGCCAUCAAACAAAUUCCGCGGUAUGCCAAGUUCCUUAAAGAACUCUGCACCAACAAAUGAAAAUUAACAGGUAAUGAAAAGGUAAGUGUUGGUUAGAAUGUAUCUGCAGUGUUACAGCGGAAAAUGCCAGCAAAAUGUAAAGAUAGGGGCAUGUUUGUAAUACCUUACAAAGUAGGCCAUUUAGGAAUUAAGAAGGCUAUGUGUGAUUUAGGGGCCUCCAUAAACGUCAUGCCUCUUUCCGUUUAUGAAUCACUUAACGUGGGUUUUUUGACAAAGACAGGUGUUAUCAUUCAGUUGGCAGACAGGUCCAUUGUGCAUUCCGAAGGAGUCCUCGAGGACGUAUUAGUCAAAGUCAAUGGCCUUAUCUUCCCUGUAGAUUUUUAUGUGAUAAAAAUAGAGGAGGAUAACGCUCCUGGGUCUUCAGACAUCUUGUUGGGACAACCUUUCCUUAGUACUGCGAAUACUAAGAUCGACAUACGAAGCGGAACCCUCACGAUGGAGUUUGACGGGGAGAUCAUGAAGUUUAAUGUUUAUGGCAUUAUUAGUCACCCAAGUGAAGUCUUGGAUGUAAACCGUGUCGACAUAAUUAACUCAUUAGUAGAAAAAACUUUUGAGUCAUCUUAUGGAGAAAAAUCUAAAAUGAUGUUUGGUGAUUUUGAAUCUGUUAAUAAAUUAUUGGCUCCCAUGAAUACUAAACUUCUACCUUCUAUUGUGCAGGCACUAGAUCUGAAAUUAAAACCACUUCCAAAACAUCUCAAAUUCACAUUUUUGGAGAAUGAUGAGACUAUUACCGACUUAAAAGGAAUCAACCCCUUGGAGGAAAAUACGGAACCAAAGAAAGAGGCGCAAGGACAAUUAAACCCAAAUAUGGUGGACAUGUUAAAAAAUGAGAAUUUUCAAGCUCAUAAGAAAGAAAGAAUUCAGCUGGAAUAGUCCCAAUACUAGUUGGGGCGUCAAGCUAGCAACGUUAAACAAGCGUUUAUUGGGAGGCAACAUAAUUUUUAUUUUUAUUUAUUUUUUCUUACUAUUUUAUUAUUUAUUAUUUUCAGAUAUUAAUAAAAUUCUCUUCUUUUGUCUAGGUAAACCGAAGCAACAAUAGGAAGAACUCAUUACCAUAAUACACGAACGACAGUAACUACACGGGGAGUUCUUCUAAACUUUUCUUCUACCUAUUUAUUUAUUUAUUUAUUUCACAUCAAGGACUAUGUGUUUUAAGUAGGGGAGAGACAUUCCUCAUUAUUUUUGUCGUUUUAGAUGCUGAUUUGGUUGUUGCUGGCCAUAUAAUUUUUUUUUAAAGAAUAUUUUGCCUCUUUUCAUGACCAGGAAUUGCCUACUGUUUGCCCCACAAGCAUGAUUCUUGCCUUUUGAGGAAGUUAUGAUUUUUCCCCAUAUUUGAUGCCAUCUCCACUAUUUUAUUUUUAUUAGGCUAAAAUAAUUGUGAUUAAUGGAGUUAACUCUAUCUUGCUUUUCGUAAAAUCGAUCAAGUUUAAUAUAAAGUGAACACUUAAAAUGAUUGCAUGCUUAAUUUAUAUUCAUGGCUAUUAGGUGAUUAUUGAAACGUGUUCUUGACACUUAAAUUGUUUUUCUUGAGUUCUCAAAAUGUUAAUUUCAUUUAAUUGUUAAUAAUUUUUUCCAUGGUUAUGAGUACAGCUUAGAACGUGACUGACUGAGUAACCGGGGUAGGGUGCUUGGGUUACUUCGUGUCAAAAGGUUGUGUGGCGUGAUAGUUAAAGCUCCGCUAACCGAAAUUAAUUAUUAAGAAUGUGUUGGGCUGAGUAACCGAGGUGGGGUGCUUGGCUGUUAUCGCUCUUUGCGUCAAAAUGUUCCACAUGUUCUUGGGGAAAAUAAAAAUAAAAAGUAUGUUGGGCUGAGUAACCGGGGUUUGGUACUUGGCUGUCAUCACUCUUCGCGUCAAAAGGUUCAACAUGCAUACAUAAAUAAAUAAAAGAAAAAAGAAAAAAAUAUAUAUGUAAAUAAAUAAAAUUUGGGACUAAGGAAGAAACAAAGAGGGUGCCUUGGUAAGUUUAGUAAUUCACCUAAUUUCCAUGAAAUAAUUCAAAUCGAUUUUAAUUUUUAUGUGUAUUAAUUGGAAAACUUUUUCUAUUUUACUUAAAGCAAACUUAGGGUUCUCUUUAUUUUUCAUAUGCGUUUUAAACUAAUUCUUAUGAAACUUUGGAAUGGUAUUUCUUUUAUGGCAGAAUCUAACUUUCACAGUAGAUAGGAACCAUACUUGAGGGAAAGCAUGGACUAAAGACUGAUUUGGAGGCAAAAGCAAAAGUAAGGGACAAAAGUGUGAAUUUGGAGACACAAUGGGCUGAUAUGCAACACAGGAAAAAGAUUGUGUCAAAAGUUCGAGCAUGGAAGACACAAGGACUAAAAACGCAAAAAGAAGAGAUUUUAUUUUAUAAGACUCCAUUUUAUUUAUAUUAGGAUAAUUAAAAUUAAGAUAAUUAUUAGGAUUAUUUAAUUUUAGGAUUUUAUUUUAAUUAUCUUUAAUUAUCUUUAAUUAAAUGUAUUUAUCUUUUUAGAAUUUAAGUUAAAUUAGACUAUCUCCCUAGUACUAUAAAUAGGGGGUGAAAUGACUCUAUUUGGGUGUUCAUCUUUUUCUAUAAACACUCUCCCCCUGAAAGUCUAGGCUUUUGUUUCUUCAUAUUUUCUUUCAAUAAAAUUCUCUUUUCCAUAUUU